CUCGGCUGCCCCGAGGCGUUCGGGUCGCUCCUUUUCCCGGCCGUGCUGGGCCGGGGCGGGUCCUGUUGCGGGGCCAUUGUUCCGCAGCCCGUCCUGCCUCCCACGCGGGGCACGAAGGGACGGGAAGGGAUGUGGGGCGCUUUCGGUCGUGUCAGAAGGGGUAAUUAAACAUCUCUGGCUGUUUACAGCAGGGGCCUCACAGCUCCUCAGUGACCACUUAGAGGGGUUGGGCUGGUUCCUGCCCGCGCUGGCUGGGCAGGGGGGUUUGCUUCUUUGCUCGUGUUUAGGUUCGUUCUUCGGUUCGAGCAGUGACAAACUGCCUGGAGGGGCGGCACUGAUCGCCAGCUCUUCUGAGGAGCUCGGUCGGACAGGCUGGAUUCCUGUCUCCUCACGGGUUCUGUCUGGCUGCUGUUAUAACAUGCCACUGUACUAAAAAGGGGAUUUUGAGGCUUUAAAGCAAGGUAUCAGUGACAAACAGUGGUGUAGGUGGUGGGGAGUCUUGUUUAUUUUCUUUUCAAAUUAGAACUACGUUCACUGGUCGGGGCUCCAGGAUGGAUGCAGGAGAGUUUUGAAUGAAAGGAGUUACCAGAAAAUAGACCCUUGUGGUCCAUCUUUUCAGUGUUGAGGCAUUUGAAGAGACAUUUGUGUCUCCAGCUUGAAGUCAAACCAACGUCAGCAAGCCCCACUCAGGGGGAUGCACACACACCCCAGCUGAAGGAGAGGCAGGAAGCUCUUCCAGGGCAUUUCAGCUGGGCUCAGAGAGAGUUGGGUUCUCUUGGGAAGCCGAGGGGGAGCUGAAUUCCAGCAGCGUGUGAGCCGGGCCUUCCUGCCGUGUGGUGUUUGCAGUGUUGGCUGGAGAUACAACAGGAAGUCGGGAGAGUUUCACGUGCCUCAGAAGUGUGACACAACACUGGCUGCAUCAAAUGUCUGAAUCGUGUUUUGUCAGGAUGUGUGUAGCUGUGUCCUUAGGAAGUGUCUCUUCCGCAGAGUGACAUCCCGGUCAGUGUGUGGAGUGGCCGUGCUGACCCCCGGCCGUGCUGACCCCCGGCCGUGCUGACCCCCGGCCGUGCUGACCCCCGGCCGUGCUGACCCCCGGCCGUGCUGACCCCCGGCCGAGCUGACCCCCGGCCGAGCUGACCCCCGGCCGAGCUGACCCCCGGCCGUGCUGACCCCCGGCCGUGCUGACCCCUGGCCGUGCUGACCCCUGGCCGUGCUGACCCCUGGCCGUGCUGACCCCUCGGUGAUGCUGACCCCUGCCCCGCCGUCCUGGCGGGCUGAGGCGUGACGGCGGCACCACGGCGGGGCCGGCCCGGCCCACGCGCUGCAGGGUGGUCAUCUACCUGCAGAAGGACAUGUCGGGGGACACGUGCCUGGGCAGCGCCCUGUGCCCCGCCGCGGACCACAAGCCCAAGGCCGGCGGGCUGAAGGGCGGCAGCCUGGGGAACAAGUACGUGCGGCUCAACGUCGGGGGCUCCCUGUACUACACCACGGUGCAGGUGCUCACCAGGCACGACACCAUGCUCAAGGCCAUGUUCAGCGGCAGGAUGGAGGUGCUCACCGACAAGGAAGGCUGGAUCCUUAUAGACCGGUGUGGGAAGCACUUUGGAACAAUUUUAAACUAUCUCAGAGAUGACACAAUUGCACUUCCAAAACACAGGCAGGAGAUCAAAGCAUUGAUGGCAGAAGCUAAAUACUAUCUCAUCCAGGGCUUAGUGGACAUGUGCCAAGCAGCCCUGCAGGACAAGAAAGACUUGUAUGAACCUGUCUGCAGCAUCCCUAUUAUCACCUCUCCAAAAGAAGAGGAGAGACUGAUAGAGUCAUCAAUGAAACCUGUUGUUAAACUGCUGUAUAAUAGAAGCAACAAUAAAUACUCCUACACCAGUAACUCUGAUGACAACUUGCUGAAGAACAUCGAGCUGUUUGACAAGCUGUCCCUGCGGUUCAACGGCAGAGUGCUGUUCAUCAAGGACGUGAUCGGGGACGAGAUCUGCUGCUGGUCCUUCUACGGGCAGGGCCGCAAGCUGGCCGAGGUGUGCUGCACCUCCAUCGUCUACGCCACGGAGAAGAAGCAAACCAAGGUUGAGUUCCCCGAGGCACGGAUCUAUGAGGAAACACUGAACGUGCUGCUGUACGAGACGCCCCGAGUCCCAGACAACUCCCUGCUGGAGGCCACGAGCCGCAGCCGCAGCCAGGCCUCGCCCAGCGAGGACGACGAGGGCCUGGAGCUGCGCGAGCGCGUGCGCCGCAUCCACGUCAAGAGGUACAGCACCUACGACGACCGCCAGCUCGGCCACUAGCUGGGCCGGGCCCUGGGCAGGCUCCAGCUCGCCCCUCGUCCCCGGGCAGGAGGGGGCAUCCCCCGGACAGCGAUCUUCACGGGGCGCCUCGGCCCCUGGAAAAGCAACGGGGAUCUGUGUGCGCAAAGCUGCGCUAAAGGCCAAGGGCUUGGAGAGCUGAGGUGUGAGUUGGGCACCUUGUGCUUUACCUGCAGGCUGGCCCCUCUUCCUGCUGGGGAGGGGGAUGUGGAACGCUGGUUCUCGGGUUGUGGUUGCUCUUUCCUGUCUAACGAUUUGCCAGUUCCCCCUUGCUGUGACCAGCACUGCUCUUCCUGAGUCAGGUGGGGCGAUUUGAAAAGCUCUUUCCAGACAGCUGCCCUUUCAGGGCCUUGUGUAAUGGAACUUGCAGUUACUAAAUCAAGAUACUGAAGAGAGAACUUGAAUGUGGCUGCUCUUGGCAGACCCUACACGGGAUAACCCCCAGGAGAAACGUUUAGCUGGCCAGUCAGCUGCACCUGUGCUCUCCCACCCCUGUCCCCAGAACACCUGCAGAGGUUUGUGUUCCAGGAUAGUGUCUUUAAAACUCAUUGAUUCCGAGGCAAGCUCUUCCAAAGUGGUAAGAAUCAAGUCAUCAGCCUCUCCAUGUGAAAAAUGGAAAUCUCUGAAAAUGUAAAUGUGUAGGUAAUGACUUGUCCUGGGAGAGGGGGAAAUGGGUAUGGUGAGGGAAGAAACCUGAAGUAAGCAAACUUGAGCAGAUUGUGGCACUGUUGUCCCGGUUAAAGCUUGUCACUGUGAAAUCCUGUUUAUAUAAACAAGGGCAAUCUGGGGAAUUGGUUUUGCAUUCUUUUCCUCCUAGAAGCCUAAAAGUGCUAUUUGAUGUUAAAUUUCUCAAGCAGCGGGGGAAAAAUUGCAGUGGCUGGAGAAGUACAGGCAAACAGUGUUUUCUAAGGCUAGAACAUGUGAAUUCAAGUUCUAUGUCCUGAAUCCCUUCUAGAGGGUAGAAGUUGAAGAAGAAAAACAUCUGUGAAAAUAUUGUUCUAGCACGGAACUGUGAGAGGCUUUGGGUGCAGAAGAGAUGUGGCUUAUACUGGAUUUUAAACUGAAAUAAGUCUGCUCUGAAAAUUUGGAAAUUUCUGGAAAUUUUCUGGAAACUCUUUCAAGUUCAGUAUGAAAAGCCAUUGUAUUUUUAAACAUUUGCUUGUAUGUUUGAGGUGCAGGUAGCAGUUUUGCCACUGUCGUGGUUAUUCCUGCUGGCUGCCCACUGGAGCCAGGGAUAUUUUGGAUACAUUCCACAGCUGCCUUUGUGUUCCCAUGUCAUACUCAGUCACGAAGCUCCUGAUUCCACAAUGGUCACUCCUGAACUGCUUUGACCAGUGCCAAAUCUACCUAUAAGAUUUAAAGAAAAUUACUGCAGAAGCCUGACAACAAAAUGAUCCCAAAUUAUUGCAGGGAGUUUCUAAGGAGAAUUGAGAUCUAGAUGGUUUGGGAGUAAUAGAAGCAGGGGAGGGAACAAAAAAUUAUUUGCACUCAUUUAGGUUUUUGAAAAUUAAAAUGUUGUGGGUUAGUAAGAAAACACUAACAGACUUUUUGGAUUUUCUUGCCUCUACAUGUGGCAGGAUUCACUUCAUUCUUGUCACCUUCAGGAAGCAGCAUUGCACAGGGAUGCACCUGCCUUCUUGUGAAAGGCCUCUUGAAGUCUCUAAUAAUCCUAGCAAUCUCUUUUAUAUUUCUUUCUAUAAGUUUUUGUUUUCCAGCUGGUUAUUCUGUUAUGCCAGGGAAAAUACAGCUGUUGGGAUUUAGUUUCAACAAAGAUUUUUGUGGUAUUUCUCUCUAAUUCUGCUAGAGUGUGAUGUGGAUUUUUAAAUUUUUUUCCCUCCACUGAUGCUAAAUUUAAUUAGAAGGCACCAGCAGAGGCUGCAGUGUUGGGGUCUUUGUGCUGCAUUUAAUAGCUUCGAGUUAUUAUCUUGUGCUUUUUCUGUCUUGUAACAAAGGCUGAUGCCAUUUAAAAAAUAUAUGGCACUUCUGUUUCUUGAAAAAUGAUUUAUAUUAUUUUUUUCUUGUUACUAUCGUAGUGUGUGUUAACAGAGUAAGUAAGUGAUGCUGAUAGCCUUGCAAAACUGUGUUUAAAUGAAGUUAUAAGAAGAAAAAUGUCAUAUUUGCCUUUUUUUUUCUGGGGAGGACAGGUGUGGGAAGGAGCGUGUGAAUGUCAGAUCCCUGUGCUACUCCAGAGGCUUUCUGUACUCGCAGGAUUCAUUAACAAAAUGGACCCAACUUUGAAUUGUUACAGUGUAAAAAGCAGAGAAAAGCCUGUGUUUUGGUUUCGUUUUCCUUUCCCUAUUUCCCACAGCCGGCAAGUAGUGUUAAUUUCUGAUUUGAAUUUAGAUUAAUUAACCUGGGAAGCAAACAGUUUUGAGAGCCAUCUGGGUUGUGAGAAUCUUUUACCAAGCACAAAGGAUCUUCUUGGUGUUUGUGGAAUGUGGAGUAUCAGUAGGAGCUGUCAGCAGCUAUGCACGUUUGAAAUACAUGCAGAUAUCCUUUUCAUUUCUCUGUGGGUUCUCCUGAGUCCUGUGUGUCUGGAGCUGCUCCAGCACGGGCUGUCACUGCCUCUGCCUUGCCCCAAAAUCCUGGCCUGCUCCAGUCUCUGUCCCACCAGGUUCUGAUCAGUUCGAGCACUGGAGCUGAGAUGUAACACAGGCUUUGUAUUCUCACCUGAAGCAGUCUUCACGUGGUUGAAGGCUAUGAAUUAUUGUGACAGGAAUGUUCUAGACAUUCUAGAACACGAGUUUACAGCCAGUGCAGGCAGGAGCAGCAGCAGGGAGCAGGAUGACGCAGUUGAAAGGCAGCAUUGGUGGGUUUGCAGUGAGCUCUCCAAGGAUCUCUGCUCAAAUUAAGCACAGAUUAGGACAAUACAGGUUUCUAAUUAUAUGUGUUUGUCUGCAAGCUGAGAUUUGUACCGACUUCACCCAGACCAUCACCAGUGGGUGCAUGAACAGUGUGCCCGGGAAUUUGGAGUGGCCUUUGGGAGAAAAAAGAGCCUUUUUGCUCCCCUUGUAGGCUGUGAGUUGUAACUACAUUGGCUAUCAUUCUUACAGGACUCCUCCUCCCUCCUAAGUUUAGUCAAAGCUUUGUGCAUUCAGGCAGUGCCCUGAAUGAGGGAGGGAGUGAGUGGGAGCCUUUUGGUGCCAGCUGUGCCCAGCCCUGCCCAGAGGGCCACGGGGUGUUUCCCAAGCAGAGUGCCAGUGCCCUGCCAGCCCCUCGGGCCCUCUGCAGGGAGGGAGGCUGGGUGUGAGUGAGGGAAGGAGCCCUAGCUCGGGCUAGUGGGGCAGCAGGCUCAGAGGAGGGAGCUCUGCAGGGCUCAGCUCAGCGCCCAGACCAAAGUCACUGCUUAACCUUCACCCUGACAUUCUGCUUUUUGAACAGGAGACAUUUGUCCUGCUGCCAUGUCCCACUCCAGUGACUUUUAUCUUUUGCACUUCCUGGUUAAAACAGAAAAUAAGUGAUGGACAGGGAGGGUGUUGGAGGGGCCGUGCUGUCACCCAGAGCUGCGUUUGAGCGGGCAUUGCUUACUGUGGGCUUGGUUUGAUCUUGUUCUUCUCGAGGUUUUUUAUUUUCAGACAGAAUCCUCUCCAGGCAAUGCUGGAGAUACACCUGGGCUGGAUGGGUCUGCCCAGCAGCCCCUGCCCCCUUCCACAUGAGGUGGUGUUCUGUGACAAUCCUUGGCAUUCACCUGGCAGCCCCCUUCCCCUGUGCUGUGGGACAGGCUGUGCCUGGAGGAGAGUCCUGUUCCAGCUCUGCCCUCCUCAGGGACAGGCUCUGUUUUCUGCAUGAGUGUCACUUCUCAUCCAACGGAAUGAGUAAGACCCUCCCCUACCUCACAGGGUGGCUGACACUUAAUUUGUUUAUUGAGAGUAAAGGAUUCUUUUGGAUUUCUAUGAUAUUUUAUAUCCAGAGGAUAACAAAUAUGAUUGCUGAUCUUGUUGAAAUUAACAUUCUGUGAUCAAGUUAUUUUCUUAGAUUCAGUCUUUGUUUUAUUUUCAUGCCUAACUUUUAAGGGUCAGUUUUACAGUCAAAGUACCUAGUAAAUGCAGUAAUUAAUUAAUCAACAGAUAAUUGAAGUGUUUCACCUGUGCAUUAAAAGGAAAUAGAACACUAAUUUUUAAUAAAGUGUUAUAUUUUGUCUUCUGUGA